AUGAAAGUUAGAUGUGUAAUUUUAUCUAUUAUUGAUUUGAGGUUAACACAAAAAUGUAAAUACAAUAUGUGGCACACAGUCAAGGUUAUGAAAAAUCGAUGUAUAAAUGUUUGCAUUGAAGACACACCAAUUAAGAAGAAGGCUAAGCGUGCCGACGUCAGGGUCGGUGCGGCGGCGGGCGGCGGCGAAGUCGCGGGCCGAGGGGGAGCAAAUCGCACAACAACGUCGUCAGAAACGUCGGGCAGAGAAAAUUGAACAACAGAGGAAGGCUCGCGAAGAGCUGGCGUCGUACGAGCCAUGGGGCCGGCCGGGCGGUGGCGCGCCCAAUCCACAAGGUUUCCGUUUCACUGACAUACGAGCGCGCGGCAUCUAUCCUGAAGACGAACUGAAGGGAAUAACGGGCUAUGAGGAGUGGCGUCGGUGGUCAUCCCCUAAACGUCGUGCUGGGAAACCGCGCGCCCCUCUCCGCCUGCGCGAGGACCCGCAGCUGUUCUUUGCAGAGCAGCUGCGCCGCGCUGUCGACAACGAUAUUCGAUACAAACAGACCGCAGACCAGAAGAAGAGAUAUAAAGAAAUUUUAGAUAACAUGGUUGACGAGAGAAAUAAAGUUAUUAGAGACGAGAUCAGACAUAACCUGGAAUAUGAACGUAAAAUGCAUACUAUGGCAGGGCCAUGGGGCAAACCAGGACCAGGAGGUCUUAUUUGGAGGAACCCUCGAAAUAUCGGUUUGAAUUUUUCGAAAUCUAUGGGAUGGACGAACAACGAAAUGUUUGACAAAUUAAAAUGUGAACACAAUGGUUACAAGAGAUCUUCGCUUACUUUGCCAUUUGUAAAGAGAGAUGAUGAUUUAAAAGACCGUUGGUCAGACGGACACAAUAAAUCAAGAAGAGAAAAAUUACCAGACAUUUCAAACCAAUCAAGUCCGAAUACCAACAUUGAUAUGAAGAAAGCCCGCGAUAGUGCGUUAAAAGAAUCAAAUGGUUCUAAUAACGGUAAUAAAAGUCAUCGGAAAGGUGUAGUUAAACGAUUGGUUAAUGGAAGGCGAGAUACGAAGUCUAUUGUCGAUCAUAUUGACAAUACUGCAAAUGGUGCAAUAGAGAAAAAGCCAACACCAGAAGGAACAAUACAGCGACUGACGGGAGGUAUAGAACUUGUACCACUACUGGCGCGAGGCAGGCGAGUCGGCGCGCGCACACUGCCAUCCAGCGAUGUGACACGACCCCCGGAGCAGACGUGUCAAUGGCGCGAAAUGCUGGACGACGAUUACUUAAGACAACUAAAACUGCAAAUGCGAGUUAAAUCUGAAAUGAAGGAAGAGAGCAGACGAGACUCUGCAGAGCGGGUGGGUCGUCACCACGCGACGUGGUCGUCUUGGUGGGGCCGGCCGGGGCACGGCGCGCCGCAGCGUGGCCGCUACGCCAGGAACAACCUCGCGCAGCUUCUCUACAUGCCGCCACUCAACAAAGAAUAUGCAUAAAUUUUUUAUUACACUUAAAGCUUGGAGUUAAC